AUGGCGGCCUUAAAGGGAUUUGAAGCUGCUAUGCUGGGUGUGAUUUUACAACGCAAAUACGGAUUGCAGCCGGUCGAGGCCAGUAUCAAUACAAUCAACCGCUAUGGGAAAGGGCGCCGAAAUCACACACCGGUCGCGACACAAUCAUAUAUCGAUCGUGACUUCCCAGCAGAAGCUCUUGGGCUAGAGAAGUCCACAGAAUCUCUUGAGCAAGAGAACGCAGCAGCACCUCUCGGGCUCGACAGUUCAGCAGCAUCUCCCGAGCUCGGCAAUUCAACUGACGAGGUGAUACAUCUUGCCGUGGAACCUUUGCAACAUACCCAGGUUUUUGAUCUAGACCCGGCCUUAUCAAUUGACGAUUCGCCAUCCCUCACAACAUCUUGCGCGACGCUAGAGGCUGAAGACACAAUCCUUCAGCAAGUCUGUCAGCAAAUUGCAACGCCCCGCGCCGACGGUCGGGUGGGGUAUCUCAACAAUGUGCAGCCCUGGGCGACUGUGAUCGAAUACCAGAAUAGUCUUCAGCCAACUAGAAUACUAGGCGAACUUUUGGCAUGCUAUAAAAGUCUGAAUCGCAUGACGCAGAUAAUCCAUGUUACCGACUCUGGUUUUCCGCCCGGAGUUGCUCCUCGAAGCAGGCAACAGUUAGAGUUGUUUGGCUUGGGAGAAAAUGAGGUGGCCUUCCUAAACAGUGCGAAUGUCUUCACUGUGCCUUCAAAAGACGUCUGUAUUGAGCUCUUUGAGAAAUUUUUCACGUUUGCGCAUCCAUAUUCCCCAGUGCUCGAUCGAUGCGCGUUUCUAUCUCAAUACUGCAAUUCAGACUAUUCCUCGUUCGUAAUGCAAGCCGUUCUCGCUAACGCAAUACCGUAUGCAUCGGAAGACCUACUCUUCCGGGCGGGAUUUGCUACACACCAAAGCGCACUGCAAGAGUUCAACAAGCGUGCUAUCCUACUAUACAACUUCAAUUGCGAAAAGCAACAAUUGUCUGUACUACAAGGCGCUCUGCUACUAGGUACGCAGUGGAUUACCCACUCUGUAGACAAGGACUACCGAUUUUGGAUAUCGACAGCCACCCGCAUUGCCAUGCGCAUGGGACUUCAUCGAAGUCAUAUUCAGGACGAACUAGAUUCGAAAUUUUAUGUCUUGCUGAAGCGCAUUUGGGGCGUCCUCUGGGUUCGUGAUGUUUUGCUCGUGACUACUGGUCUCAUUAAUGAGCGGUACAUCCCUGACGACUGCGAUACUGUCGAGCUGUGCGAAGCUGAUUGGGACGAAGAUACUACUAUCGUCCCUCUUGAGAUGCGCGAAUGCCUAACACCGAUCAAUAUAACACAGAAACUGUUCUUUAUACAUCUCUCACGGCUAGCUAGAAUCGGGCGGGAAGCCCACAAAAUCGCAUUCUCCCACUUUGGCCAGAGGCCGUUCUAG